AUGAGUGAUUUUUUAGAAUGGGCUUAUGAAAAUAGAAAAUAAAUUGUCUUAGAUAUUUUGGCUGGGUCUUUUAGUGGAAUGUGCAAUAUAAUUUCAAGUCAUCCAAUGGAUACAAUAAAAGUAAGAAUGUAAAUGUCACAUGAUGGAAUUAUUACAACAAUCACAUCUAUGAUGAAAAAUGAAGGAAUAUUUUCUUUUUAUAAAGGAAUGCUCUUUCCUUUUAUAUCUGUACCUAUUUUAUAAGCAACAGUAUUUUCAACUCAUGAAUUUUGGAAAAGGUUUUUCAUAGGUGAUAGUAAAUAAUCAUUAACUUGUUAUUAAAAGUAUUUAAUAAUAAUUAAUAAUAGUAUGAUAGCAGGAGGACUUUCUGGAUUAGCUGCUUCAUUUAUAUCAUGUCCUGUUGAAUUAGCUAAAUGCAGAUUAUAAAUGCAAGUUUAAAAUGUGAAUAAAGUAUGGAAGAAUCCAGUGGAUUGCAUGAUUUAGGUUGAUUCUUAGUGAUUUUUAGAUUGCAAGAAAAGAGGGAAUCAAUUAAUUGUAUAGAGGGAUGAAUGUUACUUGUUAAAGAGAAAUAUUAGGAUAUGCAGCUUUAUUUGUCAUUUAUGAUGUAGUGAAGGAUGCUCUAAUAUCUUUAAAAAAGUAAAAGGAAGCAAGUAAUGUUGAUAUGUUGAUAUCUGGAGGUUUGGGAGGUAUUGCUUGUUGGACUAUUGGAUAUCCUUAAGAUGUAAUUAGAAAGUCUAUCUUAAAAGAUUAUUAAGACAAUGUUGCAAUGUGAUACAGGUAUUGGUAAGACUAGAAAGUAUAAACCACAUUUUUUCGAUGGAGGAUUUUAUAGUUGCAUGGUUGAACAAGUAGGGAAAAAUGGUUGGAGAUGUUUAUUUAAAGGAUAUUCUGUGUGUAUUUUUAGAGCUUUUUAUGCUAAUGCUAUUGGUUUCUAUGCAUUUGAGACAGGUAAGAAAUAUUUAAAUCAAUGAUUGU